AUGACUGCCUCAUUUAGUCCCCAGCCUUCUUUUCAUCUCUGCCCUGACUUCAGCAUCGCCCCACCGCCCAAUGGCCAGCUAGAGCUCGGCUCUGUCCUGCGAGGCCUCGAUUUUGACAGCGUCUUUACCCCGCUUGAUAUUGGCGGCACGAUCAAAGUUCCCGAUUCGCAGUUGAAGCCGCUUGACAAGCCGUCUGAGAAGGCGGGCUUUAGCCGCAGCCUGAAGGAGCUCCGAGGCGAUGGCGCGAGGAAUGAUGCUGAAGACAUUGUUGGGGCAACGCUCGGUGAAUCUAAGGAGAAAGGCGAGAGCGUCUUGGAGUGGCUAAAGUACGUCGACGACGAAGUCGACAGUGGAUCUGGACAAGAAAUCGUGGAUGAGAGCCAGAUGGGAGAAGCAGACUCCGUCACUUGGAUCUUACCUUGA